CCUCCGGGCUUCCGGCGUGGUUUCUGCGCGCCAGCAUGGACCGUAACCCGUCGCCUCCGCCGCCUAGCUGCGAUCAGGAGGACGAGGAGGACCUGGCCGGGGGAGACUGCAUUGGGAGCACGGUCUACAGCAAGCACUGGCUCUUCGGCGUCCUCAGCGGGCUCAUCCAGAUUGUCACACUUGAAAGUGACAAGUCCGGCUCAGAUGAUGAUGAGCAGCAGAUGGAGCUUGCUGAAGAAAUGGAGAAUGAAAUUUGCAGAGUCUGGGAUAUGUCCAUGGAUGAGGAUGUGGCUUUAUUUCUCCAAGAAUUUAAGGCUCCUGACAUAUUCAUGGGAGUGCUGGCCAAAUCCAGGUGCCCCCGAUUAAGAGAAAUCUGUGUGGGAAUUUUAGGGAAUAUGGCUUGUUUCCAGGACAUAUGUGUGUCCAUCAGCAGCUGCGAGGAUCGUGGGCAGGUGCUUCUGCAGUGUUUGUGUGACUCGGACCCACCCACUCUGCUAGAGACCAGCAGGUUGUUGCUUACUUGCCUUUCCCAGACAGAAGUGGCCAGUGUCUGGGUUGAGAGGAUCCGGGAACAUCCAUCUAUUUACACUAGUGUUUGCUUCAUCAUGUCAAGUUCGACAAAUGUGGACUUGCUGGUGAAGGUGGGGGAGGUCGUGGACAAGCUCUUCGACUUGGAUGAAACGCUCAUGUUGGAGUGGAUUAGAAAUGGGACUGCCUGGCCUCUGGACCAACCCCGGGAGGACUCUGAAGAGCAGCCGGGGCUUUCGAUUGUCCCCUGUGUACUGGAAGCCGCCAAACAAGUACGUUCUGAAACCCUGGAAGGGCUGGAUGUUUACAUGCACAUCUUACAGCUGCUUACCACAGUGGAUGAUGGCAUUCAGGCAAUCGUGCAGUGUCCUGAUACUGGAAAAGCCACAUGGAAUUUCCUUUUUGACCUGGUGUGCCAUGAGUUCUGCCAAGCGGGGGACCCGCCCAUCAUCCUGCAGGAGCAGAAGACGGUGCUGGCCUCUGUGCUCUCGGUACUGUCUGCCAUCAGUGCUUCCCAGUCCGAGCAGGAGCACCUGGACAGAGAAGAAGGCAAGUGUGGUGUCUGCUCACCAAACGAAACCGGUGCCCGCCAGAUCACAGUGGCUCUUCCCCUAAUUGACAGCUUAAUUCGGGUGUUGCAAAAUAUGGAACAUUGUCAGAAGAAACCAGAGAACUCCGCAGAGUCCAACACAGAAGAGCCCACACACUGUGCUUCAACCCAGGAUGACUUCCAUAUGAAGAUCCUGAAGGAUAUUUCGUGUGAAUUCCUUUCUGCUAUUCUUCAGGCGUUAACAAAGGAAACCGUGGCUCAGGGACUGAAGGAGGGCCAGUUAAGCAAACAGAAAUGUUCCUGUGUGUUUCAGAGCCUCCUGCCCCGCUACAGCCCUGUGGUGGAAGGCUUCAUUCAAGCUCUACGUGACGUUGAUAAGACUCUGGCUGAUGACCUGGAAGAAAGCUUUCCAAGUGUGAAGGCUCAGACUUGAGACCUAAGUUGGAGUUUCUGCUGUCCAAGGAAUAAACUACGUUUUUUACGGCUUAAA